CACACCACACCAGCACACAGCAGGAGGGCAGCGUCCGCCCCCCAUCCCCUUGCCAUGGGCAGGGCCUGCCCGGGGUAUAAAUAGUCAGACCGCUGGGCUCUCCCCACUCUUCCUCUCUCCUCAGCACUUCCUCUCUCGGCCUGAUCCUGACAGCUGCCAUGGCGUGCCCCCUGGAGAAUGCCCUGGAUGUGAUGGUGUCCACCUUCCACAAGUACUCGGGGAAAGAGGGAGACAAGUUCAAGCUCAACAAGGCGGAGCUGAAGGAGCUGCUGACCCGUGAACUGCCCAGCUUCUUGGGGAAAAGAAGAGAUGAAGCUGCCUUUGAGAAGCUGAUGAACAACUUGGACAGCAACAAGGACAACGAGGUGGACUUCCAGGAGUACUGCGUCUUCCUGUCCUGCAUCGCCAUGAUGUGCAAUGAGUUCUUUGAAGGGUUCCCGGAUAAGCAGCCCCGGAAGAAGUGAAGGCUCCUCGGAUGCCGCUGGGGGCUUGCCCGUGACGGGUGGUG